AUGGCGAAUUAUUUUAGGAAAUUUCGACUGCUGAUAUGGAAGAAUUUUUUGCUUCAAGUAAGUUCUCUAUCUGACCGCUCUAGGUUCUGCUGUAUUCUAGAGCUCGGUUCAUAAAUCUCGUUAACCUUUUACUUAAGGUCUCGGUAAAGGAAAACGAGGUGCCCACAGAAAAAAAUUCUAGUCGCGCGAGUAUUUUCGCUACAAAGGCAAGUUAUAUAUCAAAUUAAAGCUAAAAGACUAAAUUACCUUAUGAAAGAUUUUAUUUCAUCGAAUUUCAAAAGGCGCUUAAGUUUUUUGCUCUCGAACUCAGAGGUAUCGAGUUUACUGCUGAAGCUCCAGCCCUUUCGCGUUGUUAAAUAUUCACUUCCUUUUUAUUGCAUCUGAUUGACAGAUAAAAGACCUAAAAAAGGGUGUGAGGAAAUUUGCAUAUGUCUCGUAUUAGCGGAAUUAUUGCAUUUCAAACUAAAAAGUCGAAUCUCGAGCGCGAUUUACGCAAAGAAACUGGCAUAAUAUGAGUUACAAAGGGAAAUCGGAAAAUUCCUCACACCCUUUUUGAGUCUGUAUCAUUAUCCAUCGUAUCUGAAAGUUUCAAAGCGAUAGCUUAAAACCUGUCCCGACUGGAGGUCGGAGAAUUUUGAUUUUUGCGUCUAAAAUAGAGUGAGAGAAAAUCAGCUCUAAAGAUUUAGCGCGAGGUCCACGCUUGGCUGGUUAGCCCAGAAAAGGCUCAUUUUAGAAGGGUUAAAAAGCACUUUCUGAUUUUCUUUUUCUUCCAAAAUAAAAUUUAGGACCCACUCAUGCCAAAAAUCCCAAAAAAACAAAAUCGAGCAAUGUACUAAAAUUUUCAUUUACCGAGACCUUAAGGGCAAUUAUGUUCACGACUCAUAACUGAUUUAAUUCAACAACACUUUGUAAGGAGAAAAUUUUAUUAUCAGCUCCACCAGCAACGCGCUCAUACUCUAGAGCAGGAAAUUUGAUGUUAUAAUUCGAUGAUAUAUUAGGAAUGGACGUGUUCUUCUACUUUAUGCUUUAUGGUAUUAUUUUUCUUAAAUCUCUAAACAGCUGUAUAGCUACGGGGCAUUUGCCCGCCUUGUCAGUCCCGGGGGUGGGGCAUUUGCAAAUCUUGCGCUGCCUGGGGGCCGGGCAUUUGCCAACCUUUGCCUGUUGACAUGCACGCGGCUUCCUAUUAGAAUAUAACUACACAGAGGAUUUUACUAGAAAAACAAGCAGAUUCGCUUGUUUGUCAAGGACGGGAAAAAAUUGAAGAGGUUUGUAAAGGUGUGUUCUCGAUUUUAUGCACGCAUGUCUUCAUUGCUUAACAAGCCAGAAUUACAUAGCAAAUUUCAGAAGCUGUCGAGGUGAAUCAACAUUUUUUUGGUUAUUGAAUCAAGUUUCUCUUGAUAUUAUUUGAAGAACAUCCUUUCAUAUUUAUAAAACUAUUCAUAGCAGUUAACUUUAUGGUGCACUAUUAAUUUUAAUGUCAAUAAUUUUAUAACAUAAUCUAAAACUAUAGACUGAUGUCGUCACUGCGUGAAGUCUUAAUUAGAAUAGCACUAUUACAAAGGAAGACGUUUAUUGAAACAAAAAAUCGCACAUUAAAAUGCUUAAAAUGGCACUCCUUGAUGGUGCGAUCAAUGAAAAAUGUUGCAGUGUUGACGGAGGAUGGGGUAUUUGCCCUCUUUUUUCAUCACCACCCCGGGGGAUUUGACAGCUCGAGAGUCCCCACCCCUGGGAGUUUGCCAUCCAAGGGAAAAAUAAUGGUACCGUAAAAACUCGUGUAUAAGCCGCACCUUUUUGCCGAAAUUUUGAGUAAAAAAUCGCGGGUGCGGCUUAUACACGAGACCAUUGCUCUCAAAGGGAGUAAACAGGCUUGUAGGGGUCACAAAUUGAACUGAAAACCUUCAGUAAAUAAAGAUUAAACAUAUUGAAACCUGUCGUUGAUCAUUGCUUUCAGUAGAAGUGGUGGCUCCUAAAGGAGCCGUUUGUUUGCAUCUGCAGGUUCUAUACCUGAAUCUUGCUCGCCAGUAGUUCUUUUAAGCGUUUCAUCUGCGCUUUGUUUGAGCAGUUAAACUCUAACUGGCACGGAAUCUGCAUUCCUCCGCACAGCUGCUUACAGUGUCGUCUGCGACCGAUCACUUCAACGCUGAUUUCCCCACUACGUGCAAGAAAAUACCACGCUAUUCGAGAGAAUUCGCGAGGCAAAUGGCCGACCGUUUCGUCGUCCUUCACUACUUUCACGGCGUGUUUGUCCAUUGGGUUGUUAAACUCUCGUUUAGCAACAAGCUUUUCCCCGAUCGAUGGUUUCCAUACGUCUUUAUAAACAUGAUAUCCACGCACAGCUGAUGCGAAAGCCAACGUUACGCGUGGUUACUAAGCAAUCGUUUUGUAGCAUUCUCCAGCGCUUUAUUUUCGUUCCAUCGUUCCAUUUUCAUUUCAACUGUGGGCUUUAGCAAUGAAGAGAACUGUUGCCUUUCGCAGGAAAUGGGGAAAUUGAUUAAAGAGAACCUUUUAAAAGGUAUUUUCAGAGUUGAUUAACUUAUUUAAAAUGUCACUGCAAAUACACAACAUUAAAUUUCCUCAAGUUUAUUUGUGAACAUUUUGAUGCGCGAACAAACGAUCACCUUUUUCACAAAAGCGCAUUUUUGUUUUUUUUUUUUUUUUUCAAAAUCAUGCUUGAAAGUUGGGGGUGCGGCUUAUACACGAGUGCGGCUUAUACACGAGGGUAAUUCACGGGGGUGAGGUCAAGGAAGGGGGGAGGGGGGUUGGGCGCAGCUGGAAUUGACUGAUGCAUAAACUUUAUGAUCUCAGUGAUAAAAUAAUCAUAUGUGCUGAUUCCUUUCUUUCUAGGUCAAACACCAUUCUUUACAUGUGACAAAUGCAAUGUGAAUAAGCAAAAUCUAUUGUUUUUGCUCAUUAGCAUAAGAUUCAUUGAGUUUUGUUCCUGGCCUCAAUGUAGGCGCAGACCUAGGUUAAAUAUUGACCAAUUUCCUAAACGUGUGCAUGCAAAAGGCGCAAGUUUCUAGCGGGGUGUGGGGCAUGCCCCUGGGAAUUUUUUUGUGUUUGACUUCCCUUAAGUCACCUUUUCUGGCUUUUUGGAGUCAUUCUGGCAGGAUAUUGGCCAGAUUUUAACUUAGAAAGUUUUUUUUCCUCAUCAAAAAAAAAAAAAAAAUUUUACGAAAAAUCUGACUGUUUUUGUUAAAACAGUGGAAACCAGUGUGGAUGCUUGCUUGUAAUGACCCACUUAAAGCAAAGAUUUUGCAAUAAAUGUCUUCAUAGAGCCAAGGGCUGCAACUGAUGACCACACUGAGGGGUUUGCAGUUUUGGGUUCAAAUAUUACCAUUGGGUUGUUUCUCGAGAAAAUUAAUUUUUCUCCUGUUUGUCCCCCUAAUUGAGAAGGACAGAGGGGUUAGGAGCCUGGGAGAAUAGGAAGAAGGAGGAGUACAGGAGGUCAGAGAGUAUGGGGGAGAUGGGAAUUCUAAAAGGGUGGGAAGUGGGAGAAAUAGGGAGAAAAUAUUAUGCAAAAAUGCUUUAUAUUUUUUUUGAAAGGGGCUAAUGGAAGGAACCCAAGAAGUAAGGGAUGGGAACUGCCAAUCCAGUGUACCAGAGGUGGGAGUUUUGGUGGACCUUCUCGUUCUCCCCUGUUCCCUGCUCCCUCUCUCACCCACUGAGGGUAACCCUUCAGCGGCUUAGGUCUUGUGCCUAGCAUCCCGAUCAGGAAGGAGGAGAAGCAGUGCUUCUACUGUAGGUUUUUUUGAUGCUUCAUGCCACAAAAUGGAGUUUGUGAACCCUGGGCUUCUAAUUCCUAGUCGCUUGUAAUGCACUGUUGAUUUCUCAACACUUCAUGUUCCAAAUGUGACCAAUGUGAAUAAUUUUCUAAUAGUCCAUGUAUAUAUAUUCAGGAGAAAAGGUUUUGAGAAAAUCAUGAAUAAAUUAACCAGCAAGCUGUGGCUUGAGUAAUAUGUAUUUGUUUAUUCCUGGUUAUGUCAACAGAAACGAAGACCUAUUGGGACUGUUUUUGAAAUCCUCAUUCCGAUUGUUGUGAUGGGCAUUCUUAUUCUAAUUCCAUUGUAAGUAUAUUCACAUGCAUUUAACUGUAUAUUUUGCCAGCAAGUGUACAUUUUGUACAUUUACAAAUUGUGGUAAAAAAUUGUAGAUUACUCUUAUUUUUCUGCUGUGAGAACAGGAACUGCAAGAACUUUGCUGUGGAUCAGGCACAAGUUGGGAAGUUUUAUGACAGGCAAUUGCACCUCUUUUUUUUAAUAAAAAAAAUACCACUAAAACAUUUUCUUUUCCCUCUAUUAGGACAUCACCAUCAGCACGAGACGAAUGUUUUUGUAAGUGUCAUUCCUUAACAAAACUGAAAAAUUCAGUAAUAUUUUGAAGCUGUAAUGAGGUACUAAAGUGUUGAGACACUUCUGUAAAUUGGCCCCUAAAUUUUGCAUGUGGACAUACCUAUCCCUUUCCCCUGUGUACCCACACCCCCUUCCCUCAAAACUGAUGGUUUAUUUUAGACAAAUCAGUAUUUGCCAUAAAGUGAACAGUAUAUAUGUGAAACUUAAUGCCACAACAGUGUGUUUUGCUUUCUUUUAGCUGUAUAUCAAUCAACAGAGAUUGAUGUGAGCAACAUGAAGUACGAUGGUGGAAAAUUGGCUUUCUUCCCACAAACUGAAAUAGGUAUCAGUUUUAGAUUCCAAGUUAGAUGAUGAUGAUGAUGAUGAUAAUGAUAAUGAUAAUAACGCAGUUGAAGCUCUUGUAAGUGACCACCUCUGAAAUUCGAAAAAGUGGUUGUAACUAGAACACACUGCAGAAUGCCACUUUAGAUUAUGGUGAUAAUGACGACAUGAUGACUGAAAAUUAAUGCUUAUGCAAAUUUUGGGGGGAUAAACAAGGCUUUUUUUGGUCAAUGUGAAAGUGGUGAAUUGUAUACAAAAGUGAGUUAAAGAUUAAGAAAUCAACUCACUUAUUGUUUUUAAAUAGUUUUGCACAUAAUAUUUUGACACAAUAUAUGUCAUUCAUACUUACUUUAAUUCUUUUUAGUGUCGAAGUUGAUGGCAAGAGUUGAAAACAUUACAGGUUUGGAAGCUGUUAGUACCAGUAACACUACUGGCAAGCCAUGGUCAUCUGGGGCUAGUAUGGCUGCUGAAGUAUCUGAGAAAGAUCAAAACUACUAUUUUGGGGGUAAGCAAAUGCAAAAUGCCUUAUAACCCAAGAAAACAAAAAAUAACAACAAACAAUUUUACAAAAACAAAGCAAGAAGAACAGACAAUGAAAAACAAAACAAAAUAGAAAAGAAAAAGAAAAAUGCAGUGUUGGUUGGAAUGACAGUGCUCCAAGUUACAGAGCUUAUAAUUCUGGCAAUUGUGAUUGUCCUUUGUAUUCACUGAGGAAAAUCUCAGUCAGCUGUACAGUGAAACCUCUAUUAAGUGGACCCCCAAUUAAGCGGACACCCUCUAUUAAGUGGACACUAAGCCAGGUCCCGAAAUUAAUGUCUUAUAUUUUCCUUUCUUAUGAACCCCUAUUCAGCGGACACCUCUAUUAAGCAGAUGCAGGCACUAAAAUAAAUUGUAUUUGGCUAAUUUCUAUUGUUAAUAAAAAAACCUCUAUUAAGUGGACACCAGACUGAAUUGUCUUGAAAAUAGUAGUAUUGGAUUACGUCCUUGAAGUACGUACUGUUGUUGAUUAAUAAAGAUAAAUCAAUACAUUUAGCUGUCAAUAAACUGUAGAUUAGACCGAAAGUCUUUGCAUGAAGUACAGCACAGCUUCCUUAGCUUCCUUAACAACAUGGAACUUUAUCACAGUAAGAGUAAAUCAUUGAAAGUUAAUUGUUAAAAAACAUUGUGCAAUUUUUGCAAACCUUAAGCUGACACCCUCUAUUAAGUAGAAACUUAGGAAAGUCCCGAAGGUGUCCUCUUAAUAGAGGUUUCACUGUAUUUUACAUUACCAACCUCAAAAUUGUGUAGCAAGGGUAUUAGACAUGUAUCUGCCUUUUUUAUUUCAGCCGUUGAGUUUUUAAUUGAUGAUGAGGACAGUCUUCCAAAGCAAGUCAAGUAUGCCAUUCGCUUGAGGUCUGAGGUCGAUUCGCCAUGGAACACAGACUCAACUUAUCCACCGCAGUUUAUUCCAGAAAGCCCUGAUACAUGGUAAAUAAUGAUAAGCUCUCAAUGUAUUGAUGUAAAUGUAGUUAUUUGAAAAACAUGCUGAAUUUGGACAUCAUACAUUCAUCAUUAAAUUUUGUCACUUUAAUGUAUCACACAUUAUGAUACAAAUGCUGUGCUGCUUAUAUGAUGGAUUCACCCAUUCACCCUUGAAGAUCUUGUCAAAAAUUGCUAUUUGAAGGUUAAGCCAAGCAGUUUUAUGAUCACCAGUCAUGAAAUGACGUCUGAGAAAUGAGUGCAGAAAUUCCAUACUAAUGACCUGUCACUAUACCCAUAAUUCUGUUGAAGAUCAGUCAAAGCAAAUUUCCCUUGUGGCACAACCCAAUCAGAAGAACUGUUACCCAGAUCCGGGUAGUGAUACGUUAUUAUUAUGAUAUUUCUGGGCUUGUUCCUCAGACAUUUUGUGGGGAGAUCGACUGAGUGGUAGCAUAUUUAGCGAAAUGUCAACUGUUUUCUUAGACUACAUGUAAUAUAAAAGUAGGCAUUAAUGGAAAAACUUGGAGCCAAUUAAAAUGGACUGCAGUUGUGGAUUUUGAACUUGCUAGCCAAGUAGUUUUCAAAGUUCAUUUUUGUUGCUUGACACAAAGCUUUGAUUUUGUUUAGCAUCUCUACGACUGAAGAAAUAAACCCAUUUUUUUAUGUUUUAGGCCAGGUUCAAAUGUUGAACUUCUUGUGUGCAAAAUGAGAUUCUACCCUUUGGUUUUCAGCAUAUUGCAAAAUGGAAUAUUAUCUACUGACAUUUGAGCUUUGAGGGCAAGGGCCUAAAAUUACUACUGUACCACUUUAUCCUGUUCUUUUUUUUCCUCAGGAGCAAAUAUGAUUACAAGUUUUUGCCACUUCAGUAUGCAAUUGAUACUGCUAUUAUGCAAAUGCAAGCUGCCUUGUCACAUGGCAUUCCGGUGAAAAUGAAGGCGAGUAUAUAAAUUAUGCAGACAUGAACGGUUACAUGUAGGCCUUCACUAUUAAUUUCACCGCGUAACUUGGUAAUUUACGGUAACAAAAGCCUCAUGGUCUUGAGGAUUGGGGUUUUAGGAAGUUUGCCUUUGUCAUCGUCAUCUUUAUUAUCACUACCAUCGCCUUCAUCAUCCUCAUCAUCAUUGCCAUCUUCAUCAUCGCCAUCAUUAUCAUCACAGUUAGUGCCAUCAUCGUCAUUAUCAUCGCAGCCAUCUUACCAUCCUCACCUUCAUCAUCAUCAUCAUCAUCAUCAUCAUCAUCGCCAUUUGCAUCAUCAUCACCAUCAUCAAUUUCAUCAUCAUCAUUUUCAUCGUUGCCAUAAUCAUUAUUGUCAAUUUCUGGAGUUGCUAUAAAUUUGUCUUGUUCUUGGUUAGCUUGUUCUUAUAUUAUAAUUAUAAUCUUGUUGCACAAACCAUAACUGACUUUGUGUUUUUCCUGCUGGUACAGAUUUUUCCUUACCCAAACUAUACAACAGAUUAUGCGAUGGAUAUCGUAUCCCAGCUUAUGCCACUGCUGGUUAUGUUGGGCCUGACGUAUUCAGCUAUGACAAUUAUCAAGGUAGUACAGUUACAAUGGAAUCCUUUUCUCGUCAUAAUUGUUUUGUGCUGAAACAUUUUUAAUUCCCUUAGUUCUCAGAAUAUUAAACAAUGUUUGCUUGGGCAAGGUGUAUUAAAACAAAGUUACAACGUCUCAUGAAAAAUUUUCGGGCUUCUUUACCCUUUAAGCCCCAAUAUCCUCAUACAAAUUCUCCAAACUGAUCUCUAUACAUUUUGUUAAAGAAUAAGUUGAGAGAAUUUGAUGAAAGAUCAAAGCAUUUUCUCUUAGGUGAUCAAUUUAUUAAUUCUCUUAACCAAAUCUCUUGACAAUCAAUGGAUAUGGUUAGGAGAAAAUUGAUGUUGGACACCAUUGGGACUUAAAGGUUAAUAUCACGGGCUCCUAAUCCAUUACGUGUACAUGUAUUUUGGUAUCAGUGUAUUGUGGAGAUUUCUCUUUCUAGUAUAGCAUAGUUUUGGCUCGUAUUCUGUGGAAAUAGGUGAUGAACGUUUUCCUUACAAGUGUAGUUGGGUUUGCCCCCAAAAAAGAACUUUUUAACGAUUUUUUUGCUAUUUAAAACUAGUAUAAAGCUGUGCUGUUUAGUUCAUUUGAAAAAUGUUUGCAUUAAUACAUUAUUAGUACUAGCGUAUGUGGUUGUAUUUAAAAUUGGAGGUUGGUUAGAGGUUUUGACUAAACUUUCUGUUAUAUGUAUGACUUACAUGUACUAUAUAUAUUAUGGGGAAUAAUUUUGCUAGGAGCUGGUUCUUGAGAAACAGAGCCGCUUAAAGGAAUCAAUGAAGAUGAUGGGACUGCCAAACUGGGUUCACUGGAGUGCAUGGUUCACGAAAAACUUGCUGUUCCUUCUCAUCUCUGUUGUUAUAUUUGUCAUUGUACUCAAGGUAAGUUAGAUUAAUGGGGGAGAUUGCAUCUCUCAGUACAGUUGUUUGUAACUUUAUUAAAAUCGUUUGAGCAAAGUAAUCUCGUAAACAAUAUGUGUUCUUUCACUUACAAAUUUUAAAAUGGGCAAAGUCCAACAUCUUCACGUGCAAAUUGUGUGUAUGAGUUAUUUUUAUAAUCCUGUUUACUAUAUUACUGUGUCAUAAGUCCAAUUCCCUCACGUACGAACCACGAAAGGGGGCAAAGUCCAACACUUUCCCGUACCAGAAGUGUGACUGCACAUCUCAUAUUGGCUUUUCACGGUAAUAGUAACUUGAACGUAUGAAGACCAGUUUCGUUUUUUUUAAGGCAUUGGCAAUGCCCUAAAAAAGGUUCUUGUCUUUUAAGAAGCAAUGGCUUUUAAAACGUGAAGAAUUAAGAUGUCAGAGUUAAAGACUGUUUCACUGAGUAGAAUCGCACGUGAAAACCUCGUGAAUGAUGAUGCAACCAUCUACCAUAAUGAUAAAAAUCCUGGUAUUUCGUAACUAUUCGGUAUUCGAUGAACCACAUUUUCUUAAGAAACUCCGAGGAAACCUUAGAGUUUUCCUUCUGAUCUACGUUUGGUGAGUUGAUAUUUAUUGUACUUUAACAAUUUGUUUAACUUGCACCAGAUGUAUCACUCAGGGAAAGACAGAGCGGGAAAGUGAAUAUAUAGCAUGAGGAUCGACUCAGCUGAGCGUUUCGCGUUUUCAUUCAUUUACCCCAAUGCCCAAUUUUGCACAAAAACCCAGUCCACAUUUAGGAUGAUAAACGUAGAUUCAUCACUCUUGGUAAGGUUACACUGAAGCAUUCAAAAUAGCUCAUGCACGUUAAACGUGUCUAUGUUUCUUAAGGAAAUGUAUGGAGAUCAGUGUAGAGAAUUUGUAUGUGGAUAUUGGGGCAUAACAAAUGUAGCCACUGUGACCUGCAGAUUGUUCAGGUAAUUCGCCUUGUGAAGGAUCGACAAUCACAUGUCAGUAUUUUACGUACUUUUGAAAGUUUUCCUUACUUUAGUUUUGUUUUUAUUCUUUCUGUAGGUCCUGGUGUUUAAACAUUCAGACGUGACUGUGUUAUUAGUUCUGUUUCUCCUUUACAUCUUUGCCAGCAUCUUAUUUUGCUUCUGUGUUAGGUAAAGAAUUAUUUUUCCUUAAUUUUGUUUAAUUGCAACUUGUUUUGUGCUUUUCCCAACAUAGGCCUUCACCGCUAAAUAAACGACUUUAUUGACUUGCUCCCCGCCGCCAGAGCGCCCCGGAGAGCUUGCUUGCAGCCUAGCAAAGCAACAACUCUGCAACUCGUGGCAAAAUUUUAGAAAUUAAAGAAGGUGUAAAAAUACGGCUGAAUUCAGCUAUCGCUGUCGUGGUCCUCUAUGCUCCUUACAGACAGAGGCCUGUUGCACUGUCUUCUGGUCCCACCUCACUUAAAACGCACUGUAGUGUGUACUUAAUGUACUUAUGGCUUGGGAUCUAAUGCUAACCGCGGUGGUGAGAGCACUCGCUCUCUACCAGUGUGGCCUUGGGUUCAUAUUCCGGUGUCGAUGCCAUAUGUGGGUUAAGUUUGUUGUUGGUUCUUUCCUUUGCUGCGGGAGGUUUUUCUCCCGGUUCUUCGGUUUUUCCCUCUCCUCAAAAACCAACACUUCAAACUCCAAUUCAAUCUGGAAAGGACGAACACGUUUAAAUGAGUUUUUAAGAACUAUUAAGUGUUUCGUGGGUAAACAAAUGACAAUUUUUUUUCAUAUCCGCUUAUCUGAAGCCACGCAUGCCCACAGCUAGGCAGACAGGCGUGGACCCACUCUCCCAGAGCUGAGAUUUUUUUUCUCUCGAUUUGCAGCGCCGACCAAAAAGAUAAAGGCUGUGAGAAUGAGAAUGGCUUGAACCGUCUUUAUCGUUGAGACUUGAUUUCUAUCUUUGCAGUGUGUUCUUCUCGCGUCCUGUUCUUGGAAUGAAUCUUGGUCCGCUAUUCUGGAUCGCAACACUGGUACCCUACUUUGUAGUGUAUACUGACAGUAAAUACAAAGCAAUGACCAGGUACCAAAGACAUGUUUACUUAACUAGUAAUAACCAAAGGUUAAGGAGUGCAAGUGAAUUUCAUGCUUCUGAUCCAAGGUCAAAACGUCCUUGCUACAAAGCUGGUGUUUUGUGUAAGUGAUGCGUGAUAAAGGGUCAAAACGCGUGUGUUUAGAUUACGAGUGAUAGACGGCUUAUCGGCUUAUCGGCUUAUCAGUUUCAAGUCCAAUUUAUAGAAACCAAAAUACAACAAGAAAGACGAAGGACAUUUUUCUUUUAACAUUGGUAAAAUCGUGACCCCUUGUCGAUGUCGAAUGUCCCGCCAUUUUGAGCCUGCGCUCUUUAAACUACUUCCUAGAAAGAACUCUAGUCUCCCUGUAUGAGGCUACUAUGUGAUGAUAAUACUUUAGCCUGCGAAUUCAGACGUCUCUCCCUCCUCGUCCCUCGCCGCUAACUUCCUGCAGGCAUGUGCGCAAAUUUCUUCUUAGCAGCUUUACAUCUUCCGUUGUCACCCAAUAGUUUCUGAUUCAAAUUCUGCGUGCGCGUAUGUAGUAUUAGCUUACUUUGUAACGAACUCUUCAUGGGCAAAUUUAUCUAAGGAGUGCCACACAUGCCGUGCGGUACAAACUAACUAGUAGGCUGAUUUAGCAACAGAACGAGAACGUCAGUUGACGACGGCGCGUGCAAAUGAAACAACUGGUUUGGCCAAUCGCAGAGCAGCAAAUUGGGCACCGGAAGUCGAGUUUAGUUCUUUCCGCGCGCUUUCCCGACGUCAAAUGACGUUCCCGUUCUGUUGCUUAAUCAGCCUAGUAAUGAAUUGCCAAGCCGGAUCUUACGUUGAUAUUUUCAUCACCUAGAUUAGAACGCUCUAGUCCUUCUAUUGACCACUCUGCCGAUGGGCGUGCAUACAUAUCAACUGGUAAACUUCAGUCUAUGUAUAUGUGGAUUUCCUUUACAGAUCAGAGAAGGCCGGCGCUUGUCUGUUGCCAAACACCUGUUUGGGUCUUGCAGCCAAACUUUUCGCGCAGUUUGAGACCAUCCGAGUUGGAAUCUCUUGGAAACAGGUUUCCGAGUACCCUUCACCCGAUGAAAAUUUCAAUAUGGUUUGGGUGUUUUGCAUGCUGUUAGCUGAGUGUGCAAUUUUUGGCACUAUCACCUGGUGAGUGGACCGUAAAUGUGAAGUAAGACACGAAUGAUUAUCGUAAACCUCCGUUUGAUACAUCUUCGUAAGGCUUUUCAGGGGGGCUCACGAACAGAGAACCGUAAAUCCGGGGGGAGGAGGCUUAGUAGUGUAGUACAUAUAACGAACCACAUAGAGAUCGAACCGGGGGCGGGGGGUGACCAGAGGGCUUAUAACCGAAAUAACGAAACAAGAUAUAAUAGUGCUGAUUAAAAUUCGUUCUGCAUUUAUUGGUUUUUAAUUAAGCUUCUAAACUUCAUUAAAAAUUCAAACGUCAUGAUCAUUUCAAUACCGGCUCGAUGGGGGCUUCUGAUCAGAUUUGUUCACAAUUAGAUAGGCCCAUGCAUAAGUGGAGAGGGGGACUUAUGAGUAAGGAGUUUAUAAGCGGCAGUUUACGGUAGUCAAUGUAGGUCCAAAUGGCUAGAACACGAAAGGGAAAGAAUUUCUCUGUCAUCGACAUCACCUUUUUCUUCACUAGGUAUGUUGAGGCGGUAUUUCCCGGAGAGUAUGGAAUCCCCAAACCAUUCUACUUCCCAUGUAUGCCGUCAUAUUGGUGUGGUGUUAACAGCCCCAAGGUAAAUCCUGACAAGUGACAACAGGAAGGAGGAGUCGUUACGUCACGUUGCCAUGGUAGCAAAACUUUUGGAUGACAACAAACCGAAAAAGUCACCUAAAAGUCUAUUCGCACUAUUUUAAACUUCACUGAUCUUAUUCAAUUUCAUUUAAUUUGUCAAAUCUUUGCGAAAUUUUCUUUCGGACCGUAUCUAUCGUUAUCUAAGUUAAGAAAAGGAAAGCGACAAUUAUUUUUUGUAUGUGUUCACCUACUCCAUAAAGCGGGCUCUUGAAAUUAGGAAGUUUCAUGUCGUAGUGGUGUAACGCCAAAUGUACAAAAUGGCGUGAUGCAAGUGCAAAGUUGUUGAUUGUUAAUAUAAACAUAUUAUUUUUUGCCGUUCCGCCUUGCCAUCGUCGCUGGUUUUGUUGUCAUCCAGAAACAAGUCCAUACUACCAUGGUAACGUGACGUCACACUUCUCCUCCAGGGCUCAAAAUUGAAAAAAUCCUCAAGUCGCCUUUUGGCGACCAACUGGAGAAAAAUAGUCGCCAGAUGCAAAGUUUUAGCCAGUUUGUAAAUGACACAGUCAGGGCUUCUGAUAUUUCGCGGGUCGCAGAGCCGCGAAAUUCACAAAAACACGCAAAAUACCGCAAAAUUCGGUAGAAAUCUUAUCAUAUACAUGUCUGUACAACAUGUUUGAAACGUUUGUCAGCUAUUCGGGUUAUUUACUUGCCGUAAACUUGUAAAUUUAUCUUGAAACUUCGUCACUGAAACGUGCAAACAACGUUUCGAAACUACCAGGCGUAAAUUAUGUUGCAAAAACCUGGACACUAGCCAUGAUGUUAAAGGCUUUGCCAUUGGUUCAGUUCUGGAGCAUAUUGUUAUUGAAAGAGCAAAUGAUGACCUCUGUUAGAAAAACAUAAUAAAAAUGCUGGUCUAGUCAGCCCAAAACCGAUCGAACAAAGUUUUCGCGAAAAUAACCACAAAAUCGUUUUUUUUUUAACGAUUGAUUUUCGGCUAAGUUUGCCCCAAAAAUUCCCGCAAAAUCAAUCGAUUUUUCUGCGAAUUUGCGACCUAUCAGAAGCCCUGCAUAGUAUGGUGCGAUCCAUCAGAUUUGAAAAUUUCGUGGAUAGAAGUCGGUAUAAACUUGGAGGUAAACUGGCUUUGUUUAUGCGAUUUGGCACAUUUUUUAUUAUGAAAGCAAGGCAGGAUAGGAUGAAAUGUUUGUUUUAACUUUACUCUUUUAAUUUAAAUCUAAAUCAUAGAGAAAUCUGGUCGCCACUUUGGCGACUAACCUAGAAUUUUUAGUCGCCAAGGAGAAAAUGUUAAUCGCAUUGGCGACCGUAUCAGUCGCAAUUUCGAGCCCUGUUACCUCCCUAUUAGAAAGUUCCUAAGUAGGAAGGAUUGAUUACGAAAAUAGUUAUGCUGAGAGUACCUUAACAAAUGAAUCCGUCAAGUACUACUGUGCCUAUUGACGGAGGCUUAAAGUAUAGGACUUGAAUGUUGAAGAAAUAAAUUUCUGUGCUAGUAUUAAGAAUGUUUUUUCCUCGUUUGUUUUAGCUGAAGUGCCCGUGCGACAAUGAGGUAUGUCCAAAUGAAAAAUGAAUUUCAUGAUCGUACUUUCUGUCACUCUGCCAGGCGCGGUUAUGAAACAGGUCAAGUGGCUGUUGAUGUCUACUGCAAUGUCUGUGGAAACGUCAAUUGGCACCAUGAACAGCCUAGACUACAAAACAGUCCGUAUUUUCGCCUAGGUUAAGUGCGCGCGCGUGAUCUGUCAAAGAAAAGGCCGGGAGUGAGGAUAAAAGUGGAGAGUGAGACUGAGGAGAGACGUGAAAGAGAGAUACGUUUUUCUUCUCCUGCUUCACACGUGUGAGGCCCACGCGCUUUCGCGAAAAUAUCACGCAGGCCCUUUCACCUUGCAAAACCGAUCUUGAGGAAAAACCCGACUGUUUUUCAGUCUACCAACAGCCCUAUUAAAAACUACACUCACCCAGAUAAUCGUAUCCAAACUAAAACUUACGCGCCAUUUAUAUGGAGAGAAAUUGUCCCGGGAACGAGGGUCACCAUCCCAGCCGAGUCAACGUAAGCGAGCGGUCCCUGGAGAAAAAAAGUUGACCCAUUCAUCCCAUCCAAGAGCUGACAACGGUGCUCACACCUUGACCGAGUUGACCCGGCUUGGCGAGUUAGUAUGUUUAUGUGGAGAAAAGUUGGCCCAGCUGCGAGGGUGACACUGCCGUCAAAUAAGGGUGACCCGGAAAAACGUGUGACUCUGCUGUCAAAUAAGGGUGACCCGGAAAAACGUGUGAACCCUGCCGUCAAAUAAGGGUGACCCGGAAAAACGUGUGACCCUGCCGUCAAAUAAGGGUGACCCGGGAAAGCGGGUUACCCUGCUAUCAAAUAAGGGUGACCCGGGAAAGCAGGUUACCCUGCUAUCAAAUAAGGGUGACCCGGGAAAUUAGGUUACCCUGCUAUCAAAUAAGGGUGACCCGGAAAAGCGGGUUACCCUGCUAUCAAAUAAGGGUGACCCGGGAAAGCAGGUUACCCUGCUAUCAAAUAAGGGUGACCCGGGAAAGCGGGUUACCCUGCCAUCAAAUAAGGGUGACCCAGGAAAGCAGGUUACCCUGCUAUCAAAUAAGGGUGAGCUAACUUUUGUUUCUCAUGUUCACCUGCAUACGGUUCGCCAAGUUUUCUAACUACAGGAAAUGUAGGAAAAGUUUGAGUGACUACUCCUCCCCUAAACCAACAUUAACGCUUACUUUUCACUUAGGGCAAAAUGUUGACUUAGGGGACGGAGGGGUAGGUGGGCAGUUGCCCAGAAACGUAAAAUUAACCUUAGGGGGCAUUAACCUGUUUAGUCUUAGACUACAAUACAGCGAGUUUAGAUCUCUAACUUUUAAAUCUGCUUAAAUUUGCUGAACAGGAAAUGUAUGUGAUCUUGAAUAAUGGUGCUGAAUCUCCUGAUGAUGAUGCGGAUGGAAAGGCAGAUGUUGAAGAUGAACCGGACUUGCCAGUUGGUGUUGCCAUUAAAAGGCUUCGGAAAGUUUUCAAGGUACAUGCAUGCUGUUCUUACACUUAUUGCCCCAUGUUAGGGAAUCUGGAUUCUGGAAUCGCGGAAAUUUUUGCCCGUGGAAUAAGGGGUUCCUGGGCUUUGGAAUCCGAAAUACAGGUCAAGGAAUCCGGAAUCCCAAGUCCCACUGACAAAAAAUCUGGAAUCCAGUCCCUGAAAUCCGGAAUCUACGACUUGGAAUCCAGAAUCCAAGAAUGUCUUGGAUUCUCUUACAUGGAGCGAUAUUUUCACCCUUCCCCCAUUUUUAAAUGAACAACGGUAAAGAUGUGUUUGUUGUGGCUCAAGGCUUGUUAUGUACUAGACUGCUAGCAGUCUCUCUUUUUCUUCAAAAUUGGUGAGGGGAAUGCACCGCGCGCGAGUGUCGCAAUCACGCGCGUGGUCAUUUUACUAUCUCGCGCGUUUCGCUCGACAGACUAAGGGCGCCUUCCAUUUGUCAGAACUGACCGGCCAGCCCUUCCCCAUCGUAAUGAGAAUUUCACUUUUAAUCACAACUAACCAUCCACAUCAGUCCCAUCGUAAAUAUCAUGCACAAAGGAGAUGGUUUUUCAGCAAAACCUCUUCGAGAAAACCUAUUUCAUCGCCAAAAUGUCUCGUCUGGCCAUGGUCCGGCCAGCCAGUUCUGACAUUUGGAAAGAGCCCCAAGAGAAAAUUAGGGACUGCUCGUAGUCUAGUUAUGUAUAUGUAUAAUAACGAACUUCCAGUCUACAUUUGUAACACACUUUUAGAGAAAAAUAAUUCGAUUGUUCUUUCACAUCUUCCGCUUUUAAACCUAACAUUUUACGACAUUUUUAUUCCAAAGGGAUCUUCAGGCUCGAAGGUGGCCGUAGAUGAUCUGUCGCUGAAUAUUUUCAAAGGUCAAAUAACAGCUCUUCUAGGACACAACGGCGCAGGAAAAACCACGACCAUAUCGAUGUUGACGGGACUGUUUCCGCCUACAGACGGCUCUGCUGACGUUAAUGGUUUGAGUAUCAUUUCAGACAUGGAUGCUAUUCGAGAGAGCCUUGGUUUGUGUCCCCAGCAUAAUGUAUUGUUUGACAGGCUAACAGUCAAGGAGCAUCUGGAUUUCUUUAUCAGCUUAAAGGUAAGAGUUAAAGCAGCUUUCACUGAAGUUUCUUUUUUCGGGCGUACGUUUUAAGCAAAGGGAAGCGAUAAAGAGUCUCGCCGAAUUCGCGAAGUUGGGGAAAAUUCAGCGGAUUUUGAAAAAGUCAUUUGCGAACUUUCAUGAACCCCUCGAAACAGUGUCUCGUCACAAUUCAAACACCUAAAGUUAGGGGUCAAAAAAGCUUGGUACAGUAAUUUUUCAUAGAACACUACUCCUAAUAAAAAUCUUUGGAUCGGCUUUGGGUUCAUCCCUUCAUCUCCUAUUUCCCCCUGCAAUGUUGUGCCCAAAAAAAUUGACUUUUGAGUUUUGCUUAUAUCACGUUAAACAUACCGCCAUUGUGGGCCCCAUAUUUUCGGUGUUUGGUAAGUGAUAAAACACUUCUUUCUCGUGUUUGCCGUAUUACUGAAGUUGUUUUGUUAGAGUUCAUCCCUUCUGAGUAGCAAUUGGCUCAUUUGUAGGGCAAGUUUGGUGAAGAAGCUGUCAAUGAAGUGAACGAAAUGAUCGGUGACAUUCAGCUUGUGGAUAAGAGCAAUACUGUAUCAUCCAAACUGUCUGGAGGAAUGAAAAGAAAGUUAAGGUAUCAUAACAAACUCCUAAAAUGUUGCUUAAAGUAAUUCGGCCUGAACAAAACAGUUUUCACGUUUAUUUGGGGGGCAGAGCGGCAGACUGGCCAGCGCGUCAGACUCGCAGGUUCGAGACCCGCUCUGGUCACUUGCGAGAUUUGUUCUCGGUUGCCCCGAGUUCAAAACCUAGGCUACGCGUACACGCAGUGCCUGUAAAGUACAAUGAAUGACAAAAGAGUUGAGACACUAUCAUAAAACGGCCCCUUUUUGCAUAGUGGACUUAUCUAUCCUCUCCCACUGUGUACUCCCCCCCCCCAAAUAAACAACAACAACAACAACAACUGUCCAACAAAGAAUCAAACUUGUCUUUUAGACCCGGCUUUCUUCAACUGCAAACAACAUUGAUUCGGGGGUGGGGGGAUUUACAACCUUUAAACAAGAUUGGAUUAUAUAUGAACGAACUUGUUGCAGGAGCCCAUAACCUGGAGCGAGCAACUUCCAUGCGCUCGUGUCACGGCGUUUUCACGGACCCGUUUAUUUUUAGAACGGUUUUGAUGCGAAUUUUGAAUAUCUUUUAAAUUCCACAAACCAGUCAGCAAAACCUACAGACCUAAAAAAAAGUAUUUUUUGCCUUUUAAGAAUGUUCAGUUUUCCUUUUAAAUAUCUUAUACUUCAAAUGCGCUCAUAGACAUGGUGGAGAUUCUAUUUUCGCGGGAAAAAGUGCCCUAAAAUGUGUCUAAAAAUAUACUGGUCCCUAAAAAUGCCGUGACAUAGGCCUAGUAUGGGAGUCGCUUGCUCCCGCUUAUGGGCUCCUGCUUGUUGCUAAAAGCGCUUGGUUUAGACAAGUAUGUUAGAGUGAUCAGCACUGAAUUUCUCCUUGUAAUAUCAAUGCUUUGUAAAACAGAGUGGUCAUGAGAAUUACAGACGUGAUGACACAAGAUGAAUUUGCUUGAUACUUUAUCAAUUUCUCCCCAAUGCUUCUGUGGGAAAUGAAUAGGGGCAACAAAUGAGAAUUCAAAUUUUGAUCCUAGGGUUUAAAGGCUUAAAACUUGCCACUGCCUCAUAUGAAAAAUAAAUAUUUUCGUAUUCUUUUCUUACAUCCGUCAUGAUUUCCUUAUUUUCUUAGCAAUGUAUCCGCGAGUGCCCCAUAGAUUGCACUUAAGGUAUUUGGGAAACUGCCCACCUACCCCUUCCAUAAGCGACCAUUUUGCUCUAAGUGAGAAGUAAGUAUUAAUGUUAGCUUAUGGGAGGGGUAGGUGGGCAAUUUCCCAGAAACCUACAUUGAUCCGAUGUUAAUAUUCACAGUUGCGCUAUUGCCCUUAUUGGAGGAUCUGAAAUUGUUUUCUUGGAUGAGCCCACCUCGGGAAUGGACCCCUACGCCAGACGAGGCACCUGGGAUUUGCUACUGAAACACAAAGCAGGACGAACCAUCAUUUUGACCACUCACUUUAUGUAAGUGUUGCCCAGGGGCUUGAUAUACAUCGGUGGAUGUAAGAUGCGUUGUCAAAAAGCACAGUCAUCGAUACAAGAUUAAAAAAAAAUCGUAAGAAAAUUAUUUAGUUCAGAUCUUGAAAUUCCGGUCUUAAGGUGCUUAUUGCUAAUAUCAUAAAAAAAGAAGAAAAUUCCUCCGCUGUGAGUGAUUUUGGCUGUAAUUUAUAAAACGAGCAGGAGUUUAUUAUCCGGUUUAAAAAUUCGAGGCUUCGUCUCCUAUUGAUCAAACACGAUUCCGAUUUUUUUGAACGGCUUCAAAAGCUCUGAUAUAGAUUAACUAAUUCUUGCACUAAUAUUUAGAUUUGGAGUUAUUUUCCUCCAAAAAAUUGGACGUAACUUUUAGCCGUGUCUUUAUUAGAUACACUUAUUAAACAUGAAUUUCUUUUGUUUUUUGUUUUUCUUUAUGAAUUAUUAAUGAGUUUUUGAGGCUGGAAGCAAAGCAGCUUUUGAAUUUAUACAAAAAAAAAUCGGACAUGAAUAAACCACAGGACGGUCUCAUUUUUGAGAACUUAAGUAUGUUUUCUGAACAAUGCCGAUGGGCCAAUAGAUCAAUGGCAAUAUAAUAUAUAAUUUUUUUUUUUUUUGCAGGGAUGAAGCAGACUUGCUUGGAGAUCGAAUCGCUAUUAUGGCUGAUGGACAGUUACGUUGUUGUGGAAGUUCAUUGUUUCUCAAAAGCCGGUUAGCUGCAUCGUUUUUAAUUACUUGUUAUGUAACGGCAAAAUAUUUCUUUGCAUCACACUAGAAACGAAGUUAGUUACAAGUAAGCACUUGAUUCAAGUGUACUUGGAAAUCUUAAGUCGCUCUGUAGAAAACAUGGCUUCACACUUGUUGACGAAGUCUAUCACUUGAAGUUAAAGCUGUCAAUCUCUCCGAUCAUGAGAAUGUUGGAACCGCUACACAUGCACAUCGUGCACAUGGCUUCCAUAUCUUAAGAUGAUAUUACAUGGAACGAUUCGCAACGACGAUUUUAAGUGCAACAAAGCUUUGCAACAUUGUUGCGACAUUGUUUCGAAUAGUUCCAACAUUGUUCCAGCAUUGCAACGCUGUGUUGCGUUAAAAAUCGUCGUUGCGAAUUGUCUCAUAUAACAUCACCUUUAUUGGUCAAGUGUUUUCUCAAGUGUGGUGCAGACCAUAGUUCGGCUUCUUUGAACUACGAACGUUUCCAUGGACACCCUGCAAGUACAGUUGAAGUAGCUACAUUUUACCCUUUCGCACUCAAACUAGGCUCCAAGUUCACUUACCUUAGACUUAAAGCUCUAGUUUGAAGGCAACAAUUACCAUCAGUAUUGUAUGUUUAUUUUAUUGAAUGCAUUUAUGCCAUAACUAGCUUUUACUGGUGUUUUUUUGGUUGCUGUUUCUAGAUAUGGCGUGGGGUAUCAUUUAACUUUGGUCAAAAGAGAAAGCUGCGAUGAAGAUGCCAUCUCAAACCUGGUGAAAAGCCACGUGCCAAAAGCAGAAAUUAUCAGUGCGGUCGGUACAGAAAUCCAGUUUGUUCUGACCAGUGAAAGCUCACAGAAUUUUGAGGCGCUUUUCUGGGAGUUAGAAAGUGAGUAAUUUUUCACCUAGUCAGAGAUGUUAUAUUUUCCAUUUCAAAAUUUAAAACGCGCUCUUUUAGCUGUCUGUAUGUUUGAAAUACUUCCCUGCUUCCUCAAUGGCUACGUUCUCGUAAGGUUUUUCAAUUUCUCAACGGUCAAGCCUUAGAAAACAGCCGACAUUUUGCAACGCCUUCACUGGUUUCUACGCGAAAUGACGACCAAGAAAAGCGGGCAGAAAUUCCAUAAUGAUGACGCGUCACUCUGGGUAGUGCUUUUGGUUGGUCGUGAAAUUUGCUUCAACCAAUCAGAAGCAUUACCCAGAUCUAGGUAGCGACGCGUCGUCACUAUGGAAUUUCUACGCUCGUUUGUCAGACGUCAUUUCUCGGGGAAACCAGUGGUAGUGUCGCCAUAUGCCGGCUGUUUUCUCAGACUGUGGAUGGUUCAAUCAUAUGUUAUUCUAAAGCUUCGGAUCAGUAUUCGGGUAUAUGUACGACUUAUAAUCGGUCGGUAUGACGCCAGUGAUGUAUUCGCAUGAACUAAUAGGCAGACUUUGUCUCCAGACAAUCUAGAACAAUAUGGAGUCACAAGCUUCGGCGUCUCGGUGACAACAUUAGAGGAAGUGUUCAUGAAAGUCGGGGAAGGUGCUGAGAAAACACUACAUGACCAGUAAGUAUUCUAUAUCUUAGAAAAGCUUAGAAUUUGUAAAAAAUCGUAAAUCGUUUUCUCAUGUCUGUUGUACUGCUGUAUCGAUGGCAAAGCAAUGGCGGCGGUAUUUGUGUUAUCCUGUAGGAGUUCCACUCCAUAUCUUAGAUAAAAACAAAAAUAAACUAAAACAGCUGCUGUUCACAUGAGUUAAAAUGCUCUAUACGUGUUGUUUUCGCACAACACUGUAAAACGUAAGUUACCCUUGAAGCCCUUGUCAAAAUUUUCGUGGUAGUUCUUCACAGUAAUAUAACCAAUUUAUACAAAACCAUUCUGUAGCUUUGCUCUGAUCACCCAAAAUACGAGUUCGCACAAAGACACCUUAUAGUAUUCUAUGUCUCCUUUUUUAGAGUUGUCGAUCAAAAACAUCGUGCUGAACAAGUAUUUGGUGGAGCAAGCCAAAUUCCUAUACCUGAGGCUGACGCAAGCUCAGUCGGAGGUAAGUUUGUAUAAUUUCCGUCUGUAGUAAUCGGAAGUUGAAGCUACACUUGCACUGGACAAGUUUUCCAACUCACUUGAAGUCUUUUUGCAAGAUUUCAGUCGAAACGCAUGACUAUGGCUGACGUUGAUUCUUCGAAUUUCAUUUUUGCGUUCUGAAAUUGUCGUACUCUUGCAAGGUUCUUGCUGUUUGUUGAUAACUCGAAUCAGUAGAAACCAACUAGCAUACUAUCAUGAAUUCUGCACUCUGAUUGGCCAACGUAUUCCCCAUCCAGUUCUAUCUACAGGCCAUUUGCAUGAUGGCAUCAUUUUACUACUACGACCAGAACCCUUUUCGUUUUUCUAUACAUGUUUGAAUUUGGUAAUCGCAGCGAGAUUUAAAUGACAAAAGCCGUAAUUUGCACAAGAAAGGAAAACCCUGAUGGAUUCUGGUCGUACUAGUAAAUGAUGUCAUCGUGCAAAUGGCCCAUUUCGUGAAAGAAAGUGAGAAGGGAGCCGACGCUUUGAACAAAAAUAAGACAAUGGCAACUUCUUUGGCAAAUUGUUUUUAGAAUUUUCUGACGAAAAAGUAGUUAAACUUAAAAAUGAUGCGCCUCCAUAAAAGACGGAAUUAACAUUUUAAAUGGAAAGAAAUACAAAUUUAGUUGUUUAUUUAUGACAAUCAAUCAAUCAAUCAGUCAGUGAUUUAUUUUAACACGUUACAUCGAGGAGCUAAAAAACUCGUUCAAAAUACGAACGUGUAUAAAUGAAUCUAUAAUAAUUACAGCUAUAAAAUAAUAUUAUUCUAUUUUAAAAACAACUCAAUAAAUAUAUAAAAACUUAGCAAUAAAGGCAUAAAAUAUAAAAAGCUAAAACCUACUAAAAACUACAUACAAAAACGUGAAAGGAAAACUACAAGACACGUUCUAAAAAGCUACAAUCUUGCAAUUUACUUUUGAAGUCAUUUGCAUACUUGAGAGGGCGAACUGUUCCAUAACUUAGUUGAUAAAUAAGUCAAAACUUUUCCUUUUAAAUUUAGCUGGAUUAAAAUUAGGUAAUUCCAAAUUCGAGCCCUCGCCUCAUAGCCCAUACGGUGCAUGCCAUUAUUUAAAAAGGUUUCUAAUAUAAGUGAGUCCCGUACCACUUAAGCAUUUGAAAAAAAGUAUUAACGCCUGAUGUAAGCCCCUACAAUAUAAGGAUUUCAUGCUAGCCGUGGUGAGCAGCUCAUCAUAUGAAAUUGACUUCUUGGUCCGAUUAAUGGUCUCAAAAUAUAACAGUUGCCAUCUUCCAGACGAUUGCGUUGACCUUUGCCUAUGCCUACAAACAAACGACCCUUUCGGGAAUGCAGUUCAAAGGCUUGUUUUCAUGUAUUUUCAUCAAACCUUGGUAUAUACUAAACUGAAUCAGUUAGAAUACUCCUCGUGUCAAAGGGCGCAACUCAGCGCUACGAGCCUCGCUGACUAUUAAGUCAUAGAAAUUCGAACGCGUAGGUCCUUGCGGCUAGUCAUUCACGUGCUACAAAACCCGCCAUGCUGGAGAGCAAGACACGCACUGGGAGAAAACAAAGUGAAAAAAAAAAGGAAACCGUUUUACAGCAAGGAGCCCAAAAGUGUGACCUCCUUUAUUCACUCACAUUCUUUCAUGCAGACAUUAACCAAUCAGAAGUCGAGGACAGUUUCCAGCUGGCUUCUGAUUGGAUUAAAUCUGUACGAAAGAAUGUGACGAAAUCAAAAGCUGUUACACUUUUGGGCUUCUUACUGUUAAUGAUGUGGGCUGUUUGAGUUUUCUGUCCCAGUGGGUCCUGCGGUUUUGUACCACGUGAAUAACUAGCUGCACUGAAAGGGCCUAUUGUUAAUUAAUCAGGAAACAACGACUAAAGGACACUUUUCAAUCGAGAAUUCAACUUGAUAUGUGUAAUUUUCUUGACAGAAUUCAACACAGGAUUAAGCCUGAAAUGGCAGCAAUACAAAGCCAUGCUGUUAAAACGUUUUCUGAAUGCUAGGCGAGAGAAGAAACUGGUUUUAACCCAGCUGAUACUACCUUUGUUGAUGGUUUGCUUGGCAUUACUGCUUAUAAAGACUCUUCAGGAACCAAUGCAGAAUGAGCCUCCACGCAUACUGAACUUAUCCAAUUUGAGCAUUAAAGGGGCUCCCAACACUGGCUUCUACGCUGACUUCCGUCCUAACGUUGAUCCUGACAAAAAGAACGCACUUUUUGACGUGAGUUGGAGGUUCCCGCGUUCUUUGAUAGAGACCUUUAGAUUCAAGGAUGAUGACGACUAGGAGUACGAGAUUUGGCUUAGAGUUUUUCGCACAUUCUCAAAAUAUAGACUUCCCGGAAAGCUUCAUUUUACCAUUUUUGACUAGAAAAGUUAGCACUGUUACCUUUAGUGAAGGAGGUUAUACCCUCUCUCGAUCGUAAAAUUAUAAAACUUCUAACAUUUGAUUACUUGUUUCCGUCACUUCGACAUUCUCGCUAAAACUCGUGGUAGAGUGAAGACGGCUACCACGUUUUCCCGCCAAAAUGAGGCUGGUUCACGCGCGUGCACUCACUGCUAAAUAUUGAGGAAAUCUCGUACUCGUUGUCGUACUUGUCUUGGAAUCUAUUAAAGGCUUCUUAUAUUUUAGUUUUAAGCUGUGUUCACACUUUACCGGAAGGCUUUGGCGCCCACACGAAAACCAUACCGGAGAGGGCUUCUGUUCCCGCUUACGAACAGUGAUUUCGGCGCGAUUUCUGUAACAGUAGGGACUUUUAGAUCCAACGACGCGACAGCAACGAGAACGUCGCUUAAAAAGUGAAUUUGAGUUCUUACAGUCUUUAUAGCGAUUAUUCCUACCCACUUACUUUGUCAAAUGUAGGCGAACCCUCCUGAAGGUGAAUUUCAAAUGACCAUAUUCAAGCUCAGAAAGAGAAAUAAAAUUUCAUCGUUGCUUGUUUACGUCCUCCAUAAAACGUGAAUUUAGGCAUUUUCACGUCGUAAUCGUGCAAAAACGGGAAAGAAAGGUACAAAAAAGUGUGAUGCACGUGCAAAGUUGUUGCUUUGCUUAUUAAACGUAUUGUUUUUGUGACGUUCUCAUCGCCGUCCGCGUCGUUGGAUCUUAAAGUCCCUAGUGCGAAGCUGUAUAGAUGUCUAGCGGUCCGUUGUAUUAUAGAGUCUAACAUAAGUUUGAUAGGUUAUCCUACUUUUUUUGACGUGAGUUGGAGAUUUCCUCGUUCCUUAACGUCUUUUUCGGGUACUAAAUGAACCAAAGAAAUAUUGACUGGAGAUCUGUAGGCGCCAAUAUCUUAUCGUAAUUGUGAAAUGAAACAAUCAGCAGAUAUUUGAAUCAAAAUUUUAAUGAAUAAUACUUAUUAUCAUUCGUUGUACAAAUAAUGGUCUGCUCAUGCGCACUGUAAUCCAGAUCAAUUAUUUGCCAAAGGCGAAGGCAAGUAAUUGAUCUGCUCGCCCUGAUAAAUCACAAUAUUUUGCUCAACCUGGUACAAUAAUUGUUAAUUAGUCUGCAUGGGGGAAUAAAUGUAUCAAAAGUUAAAUCUGCGGUUAAAUAAUUCAUCAACCCUGUUGUCUUGUCACGUGUUGAGCUGAGGCGUAGCUUGAGAUUUUGAAUUUAGGGUCCCGGAAAUGUCGUUUCCUGCGUUUUCCGGAGGACAUUUUCAGUAAAUAAAUACAAAGGAAAAUGAAACAGUUAUUUGUUUAUUUUACCUAUCUCUAGCAUUAUGGAAUAAUACUGAAAAUGAUAAAGGAUAUACUAACAGAAAGACACAAUAUAAUGCGAAAAAUUAAACAGUCUCCCCAUUGUAAUGAUAAAAAUGUUUUCAGGAAAAAAAUUAAAAAUACAUUUUUUUUUCCAGAUUACAGCUUUACGCAAGGGUAUGUGUGCUUAUAUGGGCGUUACCCUUCUGCUGAGGUUUACAAAGGCGCGCAUGUGACUUAAAUAAUACCUUUUCAUUUGUCAUAAAGAUCUGUUGUAUAAUAAAGGCUAACAUAAUUCAGUUAAAAUUGUUAUUUUCAGGUGGCUUCUAAACACUUAAAGGACGUAAAAGUAACCUUGAAAGACAUUCAAUCGGAUCUUCAAAAAAUACAGAGUGGCAACCAAGGAAACAGUAUAUUGGUGGAGGGGGAAAAGUUUCAGUACAAGGACGAUGAAAAAGACGUAUGCUGUAAUUAUGAAUUUCUGGUCCUGAAUGCCAAGUGCAAGAAAGCUGUAAGUUGCUGCCAAUCCUCAGUUUGUAACUACUUGAUGACAAGGUCAACGUGUUGCGACUGGUUAGCAAAACUAUAAAGACCUUUAGUUUCGAGGUCGAGGUCGUUCAAAAAAAAAUCAGACAUCCCGGAAAGCGUCAUCAUACUUUUUUCACCAGAGAAGCACGGUUAUUAUUAUUAAAUGAGGUUAACCCUUACUUGAUCGCAAAAUGAUUAAACUUCUAACAUUUGAUAACAAGUUUUCGCCACUACGACAUUCUCGCUAAAACCCGUAGUAGAAUGACGCUGGCUAUCACAUUUUCCCGCCAAAAUAAAGCUGGCUCACAUGUGUGCAUUACUUAGUAUUGAGCAAAUCUUGUUCUCGUAGUGAGUCGUCCCUGAAGGUCUCUGAUACAUUUUUUGUAGAGCUUGUAUGAAAAAAGUCUAGCUCCAAGCAAAGAGAAACACUUUAAUUUGUUUUUGUCAGCAAACAUGACCUUCACACGUCUGCUGGAAUCCAAAACUUCCUAAAUAUAAAACAGCAAUUGCGCUUUUCAUUUGAAUUUUCAAAAGAAGGUUCUAGGUUUCUUUGAUGCCAGUUUUCUUAGGUGUGAAUUUUCUUAGUUCAUUUGAAUUUUUAAUCUUAGCCUUUGUCAUUAUGACAAAUACUACUACUACUACUACUACUACUACUACUACUACUACUACUACUACUACUACUACUAAUAAUAAUAAUAAUUGAUGUAGAACCACCGUAAUUUUGUGGCACUCACGUAAAAUCUGCAUUAAAAAGGAUUAAACUUUCUCUUUUUUUCUUUGAAGUUCACAUCAAGCGAAUUGACAGCUGAAUCUUGCAAAACGAACAAGAAUUUUGGUUACAAUUACUGUCCUGAAUGUAUCAACGACGACGAAAGGUAAUGAAUGAUAAGUAAGAAUAUCGGAUCGUAGCAAUGUUUAUCACUCUCUUCGAAACACGCCUUUGCAUUGUUGAUUGAAAUACGUUUCGCAUUUACUGGUAUUUAAAUAAGCUUCAAACGUCAUAGUAAGUCGAAUUCAAGGAAAGAAAAGGUACAGGGGGGCUUUUGUCCGGAGGGGAGGUAUAAUUGGAUGGGAUCAUAAUCGGAUGUAUUUUUUGCUUACAUGUAGAUGGGCUUAUUACUAGGGGAGGGGGAUAAGUGGUGUCGCUCAUGAGCGGUAGUUUACGGUAUUCUUUUGUUAAUAGGGCGCUUAUGGUGAUGUUACGUUUUCAAAAAUACCCGGAUACGUGUAGACGGGGCCUAAACUUAUUGUUUUUUUGCCUUUCUCGUUGCCGUCGCCGUCGCCGUCGCCGUCGUGAUUGCUUAAGCUUUUAAGCCCCCAGAUCCACAUACAAAUUCCUGAGACUGAUCUUCAUACAUUUCUUUGGAGAGUAGUUGAGAGAAUUUGAUUUAAAAUCAAAGCGUUCUCUCUUUGGUAGUCAAUUUAGUUAUUCUUAUAACCUCUACUCUUGAUGAUCUGCUGAUGUUGUUAGAAGAAAAUUGUUGUUGGUCACUCUUGGGCGCUGAAGAGAUAACACCCUUUUUUUCGUUUUCCUUUCAGCUCGUCCGAUGAAUGCAGAAACAUAGGAAUUGGUAACACGAAAGUGAACGAUUCAAUGACAUUCUAUAAUGAAUAUGUGCUGGAAAAAAGUAAUGCUGCUGAUUAUUUUAACACACAUGUUGUGGGUUUUAGCCUUGAGUCACGUGAUGGUAACUCGAUUAGUGACCUUGAAAGUAUUAACACGACAGUGUGGUAUAGCAGUAAGGUGGGUACGAUAGACAGGACACCUUAUGAAGCUUAGACAUUGUAGUAUUCCUUAUCGCUCCCAUGACGUCACGUUCGCCAUAUUGGUGUCACAAGGCAGUGAAACGGCGGCCAUUUUGUUGUUUCAAAGCACGGUCCUGCGGGAGUUGGACCUUUUUCUUAUGUUUAAACCUUUUUUAGUUCCAAUAAAAAUUUGUUAGCUGUUGAUUAGUUUAGAAGCAAAAAAGAAUACUAGCAAGUUUCGAGUUACGUCAAAAAGAACGCAAUAAUGAUCCCUGCACAAUAAUACAAUAAACUUCACACAUAAGAACGACACAAAAAAGUGCAUAUAUUGACUUGGUACUCUAUCGAGCAUCACGCAUUCGAACUUUAUAAGUUGCCCAAGAGGUUUUACGGCGAUCUAGACUAAUGCUUAUCUUUUGCGACUUAAUUGCAAAAUAGUUGUUCUAGAGUGUUAAAAAAAAAAAAAAAAAUUCAACGUGUAGGAAAAUUUCGAAUUCUUCACCUUAUUUAAAUAUGUGAGAACUCUUGUACGUGUAGACACGGUGUCGUUGUUAAAAUGUCCUAUAGACCUUUUCUGCAUUCCUGUAAACAAAGGCAUCAAGUCGAGGCUCGGAUGGACAAAAUACGGCGAUUUGUAUGAAAUUGUCCAUCCGAGCCUCGACCUCAUUUUUCUCUGUUUGCUCACAGGAGCGGAAUGCGGGAAAGGUCUUUUGGCGUAUUAGUAUGUGGAUUUGCUGAUGUAUUUUUAAUUACUUACUUAUUUAUGUGUUUAACUUUGCACGUAUUAUUUUGAUCAGGGCUAUCAUACAAAACCAGAUGCACUGAGUGCUUUGGUGAACGUUCUGUUGGCCUACAGCAAGAAAGAUGACUCAUAUCACAUUGAGACCAUUAACUAUCCUCUGCCACUCAAUUCCAAACAGCGGGUAACUUCCUUAGCAUAAUUGCAGUCUUGAUAAUGAUAGAUAAUAAAUAUUUCUUUUUCCCAGUUUGUAUGUUAUAAUGCUAAAUAGUAACAUUAUAAAGAAUUUCGGACGAAUGUGUUAUGUACAAGAAGCCUUGUAUUGCAAAAGUAGAAAAAGGGUUUCAUUUUAUCCUGUUCAGUUAUCGUUAAAAAACUGAUUAAGAAUGGAAAUAAAAUUGCCAUCAGUUUUUUGUCCUUCCUCUGAAUAAUAACAUGUCUUAAGCACUCAAAAGUGUCUUGUUGUCUUGUUAGAAAAGAUGUUUCUUUUGUCAGCAGGCAUCUUGGGUCACCAGAAAGUCAUUUGUACUAUUCCCUUAAGCCUCAUCCACACGUAGCUUAUUCGAAUCGUUUGCGCCCGUCCACACAUAAAGGCGAAAACGAUGGAAAUACGAUUGCAUGCCUUACGGUGCAUGCGUUGUAAGCCGGCGUUUUAAAAAACGCCACUCUGAUGAUCGUUUUCAAAAACCUACGUUUUUUGAUGCCCGAAAACGCCGUUUACGUGUGGACGAAAGGCUAAAACGGAGGAAAAAAAUGUUCGUUUCAAAAAUAUCGGGACACAUGCUUUCUUAAGCAAAUUCCUUCGUGGAUUCUUGCAAUGACCAGCUAUGCUAAUCAUGUUAUGAAAUAAUAAUUAAGAUUGUUUGUUACUUGUGCUAAUAACUCAUUCAAGUCCUUUGUGUGUUUUGUUUUCUCCAGAGUGAAAAUAUCUGGGCUGAAAUGAGCUCGUUUUUCCUCGCUCUGCUUUUGGCUUUCGCUGUCGCGUUUCUCGCAGCAAGUUUCGUGCCAUUUUUGGUGAAGGAGAAAAGUUCAAAGGUUUGGUUGACUUUUGUACAUUGAAUGUUUUGGUUCAUUUGUGCGCAUGUAGAAUGCAGGUAGCCUCUUAUUGUCCGUUUUUAUACUAGAGAACGCAUUAUUCGUCUUGACCAACGUGGGCAAACAUUUGUAGUUCAUCUGGUUAUGCGUCUUAAGUAUAAAGACAGGCACAAGACGCAUUAUGCGUCUGGACGAACUUUCCUUCGAAAUACGUCUUGAACGACGCACUACGAAACGUAGUUCGUCUGGACGCAUAAUGCGUCUUAUGCCCGUCUUUAUACUGUAGACGCAUAACCAGACGAACAACAAAAUAUUCGCCCAAGUUCUUCCAGACGGAUAAUGUGUCCUUAGUAUAAAAAAGGCCAUUCCCUUGAACGUCGAUGGGUUAGCGUGCGCGAGCUGCGAGCGGCGAAGCAAAAGGCGCUAGAAAUUAGGGUGGUUUGGCUAAAAGCUAAAUUCUAAAAGCUAAACUCGACAAUUCGAAGAGAAAAGGAGGAGCGGAUGCGGUUAUCAUGGUCGACUUCUUUUUAAUAAUUACCUUUCUCUAGAAUUCGCCGUAUCAGCGAAGUGUUCACUUGACUUACAAUCACUGCGGUUCCCUUUCUUGUGUUCGUGCAGGCAAAGCAUCUCCAAUUUGUAAGCGGCGUGGACGCCGUCUCCUUUUGGCUGGCCACCUAUUCAUGGGACUUCAUCAACUAUUUAUUUCCACUGCUUGGAAUUAUGAUCAUGUUUGCAGCUUUUCAAGUAGAUUCACUGAAGAAUGAUCUUGGUGCGGUUUUUCUGUUAUUGGUAAUGACAACACCAGUUAGUUUGGUCCAGGCGUCCAGAUAGUGGCGGAUGGCGCAAAGCGACUAAAGUGGGCAGGAAAAAGGGAGAGAGGGCGAUAGAAUGUCGUUCUCUCUUUUUGUCCACUCCCUCUCUACCGUUUACUAUUUCGAGUUACUCUCCUUUAUCUCGACGCUAAGAACAGGCUGCUAUAAUUAAAUAUUGAAUUUUCAGGUUUGACAGACACCCAACCGUACAUACAUAUUUGUAUAGGUAAUAGCAUGAUUUGUAGUGAUAUUUGGCAUAAAUACCACGAGUGAUAUUUCAAAAUGUUAUUCGUAAUUUCACGAGCCGUUAGGCGAGUGAAAUUUGAAACAAUUUUGAAAUAUCACGAGUGGUAUUUAUGCCAAAUAUCACGUACAAAUCAUGCUAUUAUUUGUUUAUACUACUACCCACAAAAGGUUUGUAAUUUUCACAUGUAGGUAUUUCAAAUUAAGCUGAAAUACCACUGCUCUAAGCCAAUCAAAUUGCAGAAAUUUCUCAUGUAGUAGUAUAAAGCGGUUAAUUUUCUGUGCGAUUGCACGUGAUUACAGCCUGAAUGAGAGGUUGUGUUAGGUUUUUAAGGAUUUUUUUAAAUAUAAAAUUGAUCAAUAGGGAGCUUAAGCAGCAACGUUUCUGAGCGACGCACGUCAACCGGAAGUGGCCUUUUCUCAUUUUUUGACGGUGGUUUCGCGCAAAUUUUCAGUCAAAUCGCCUCUAUAACAGUAAAGAAGCUAAGGAAUACAAAUUUUAUAUCAUCAAGGCAUGUUAAGAGGGAAAAUACCUCACUUCCGGUUGACGUGCGUCGCUCAAAAACGUCGCUGCUUAAGCUCCCUAAUAGGUCUACUUUCUCUUGAAUAUUUCCUCGAGCGUCACCGUUUGAAUUGCGUGGCGUCAUUUAAAGAAAGUCGAUUUCCGCCAUCAGGCGUUACUAAAUCACGUUCUCAUAGUUCAAAAUGGCGACCCACGUAAGUUUUGGCCAUGUCCACACCAAUCCGCACAUCUUUGAAACCGCAUAUUUUUUUAUAUCCGGAUUCGUGUGGACGCGGCCUUAUUCGUGUUUCUAGUACAUUCAAUUUUGUAUCCAUUAGAAAAAUAUUUGCCGUUAAAAGUUAUUUCUAUCAAGUUAGCUCUUCUUCUUGACAAUGGAUUUGCCCUGAAAUAAUGCAAUGCACUGCUCACUCAGUACACAAAACUGAGUUUCUGUUUUCCUUUAUUUUAGCUUCUUUCAGGGUUGUGUAUGCUGCCAUUCGUCUAUUUGGUUUCAUUCCUGUUUAAAGGACCCUGGGCAGCCUAUGAGACGACCGUGUUUGUCCUGUCUGUUGUUAGUAUGGUAAGACGAGUCACCUACAUAGGUAAUAUUGUUGAAUUUACUCAACUAAACAGGGACUACCAUUGGUUGAUUCUCGGUCAAGUGACCUUGACAAAAUUCGAAUGCAUCCCGACCGUGAUACAAUUCAGUAAUUGACCGCUUCAGAAAAUACCAUAACAUACCAUAAUACUCUUUGUUUUUAACCCCCAAAUUUUGCAUAAGCAUUGUUUUCAGUUUCUCUUGGGGCCUUUUCAACUCCCAAGAGAAACUGAAGGCAAUGCUUAUGCAAAAUUUUAGGGUGACAAACAAAGAGUAUUAUGGUCUGUCUGUUAUGGUAUUUUCUGGAGUGGUCAAUUGUACCCCGCACGUGAUAGAACAGCAUGUGAUCAAAGCAUGCUGGACAGUUGUGUUACCACCAUGGCGAGAGAAACGCGGCCAGUUUUCACGUUCGAGAAUGAACGCAACAACAUCAUGAAGCCUGAAGCUUAAAAGCACUUAGUAUUGUCGAAGUCAUCCAAGUCGAGAUGCAGAGUAUUUUUGUGGAAAAAUCAGCAGGGACAUACUCACCCUUGCAUGCAGGAGAUUAAAUGUCUUCUUUGCUGAAAAGCACUUCUUCUUAGUGGUUGUAACUCGGCCUUCCAUACAACCAGCGCCCUCCCCCCCUCACCCCGUCAAUUAAUAAUAUGAAGUAAUUUUGGUUUUGUGGGGGCAUAACAAUGAUUUUUCCUUUUUUCAUUUUAGGCAUUUCUGAUAACAAACAAUAUCCUCACUUUUAACGGCCAGAAAGACGAUGCUGAUAUUGUUCACUUUAUCGGUCUGUUAUUUCCAACCUACUCGUAAGUUUGCCUUUUUUUUGACAUAUUUACCUUUAUUUGUUGGUCUUGAGUCAUAUUCUUCUCUCCUGUAAUACUAAACGGAAGAGUCAUAUAAUCGGAGAGAAAAUUUGAAAAUCUGGCGGGAAAUUUGAACGUUUCAAAAACAUAAAAAAAUCUAAAAAUGUCUGGUUGAGUUUAAAUCGCAUGGGUUCUCGUUUUAACGCAGGUAGCCCAAGCUCGAAAUAUGACCAUCAGCACUGUUGCGUAACGUUCAAAAUAUAAGGAUUUGUAUGGGAGAAGAAAUAAUUGUUUCUGUAGCCUACGGAUGUGAAAGGAUUUAAAUAAAAAUCGGCUAACCUUCUUCUUUCCUGUUUGGUUUCCAAGCUGAUAUAUGGCCAUUUAAUGAGUUUUGUGGGAACCAGUUUGCUCUCUCGAAUGGAAAGGAUUAUAGAGACCUAUAGAAAGAUAUGUAGCCAUUUAAAAAUAUUGCGAGCCUGGGCCACUUGUAGUUCAGUUUAAUAAAACCUAAAAUCCUUAGGUCAGGGCACUAUAAAUUAAGUAAUUAUGAACAUUCUUUGUGUUCGUUUAAUAACAGCCUUUCUGCCAGUAUCAUGGACAUCAGUCAAAACAAUAUGAAUCGAAAACACUGCCAGCCCGAGUAAGUAAACAAUCCCCUGUUCAUUUUUUUAGUGCCUUUUAUAUUAAAUUUGUCUUGGAAAUACAUUCACAUGCACUUAAAUAAACCCACUUCUCGAGAUUCAUUUCUAGUAAUAGCCCUUAUGCAUGUUUACGUCACACAAGCAAAUUUCACCACCAAGCCUCCUUUUGAAAUUAAAAAUAAGCGAAGCUUCACAGAAAUGAAUUCCCAAGGUAGUAGAGUUGAAAAGAAUACCCACGCACAAAAAGUGCAAAUGCAAAAAAUUUUGUUCACAAACGAGGCUUGUUGGUGAAAUUUACUCGUCUGACGUAAUCAUGCGUAGGGGCUAUUAGCUCCUUUGCACACGCUUGGAUUUCACUUAGUAAUGGUUCGAUAGGGGGAGGGGAGGGACUCCUGGGAAUUCUUGGUGAGGGUGUGCCGCUCGGUUCUCCAAAUCCUGACCCUCAAAAAAUGCCGGUCUUUUUCACAUCCAUUCUUACAUCUGGCCUUUAAGAAAUUAUGUCAUCAUUGCUUAGAUUAGAACAGCAACAAAAAAUAUUUCUUAAAAUUCAUUUCGAAUUCUCAGAUUUCUCUUUCUUUCUUAUUCGUUUGGAAUGAAACAAUAAAUACGUUCGUGUAUUCCCCUAGUUCCCUUGCAAACCAUAUCCGAUUCCAGACCAAAAUGAACUAAGUCUAUACCCGUUCUGAGACCAAAACGGCGCAACACCGUGCCCUUUGGGGCGGCACAUACCCAUAUGACUUAUAUAGGGAAGUAAACCCCCGCGGGCGGGGGUUUGCCGAAUGGCAAGCCAUCACAAAGCUUUGAAUGUUAUCAGUCGAAGCCUUCCUGGGUUAAUUUAAACGUCCUUUAGGCCUUCUUGCCGAGUCAUUUCGGUUAAUUUUCAACAUAAUUAAAAAUAAAAAACUAUAAAUUGUAAUUUUUUACCCAUUAAGCACCAAAGAGUUCUUAAAAACUCGUUUAAGCGUCUCCGCGCGCUCCAGAUCGAAUUGGAAUUUGGAAGUAUUGGUUUUUGAGGAGAGAUGGAAACCAGAGUACCCGGAGAAAAACCUCUCGGAACAAAGGAAAGAACCAACAACAAACUCAACCCACAUAUGGCUUCGAUGCUGAGCUUUAAAGUCGGGCCACACUGGUGGGAGGCGAGUGCUCUCACCACUGCGUCACCAUUGCUCUCCUAACUAGCCAGGAAUGGUUCACUGACUCGAUCGCAAUCAAAGCUUUGUGAUUGGAAUGAACGCUUGGAUGGCGUGCCAUCCAGAGAGCCUUGCUAAGUGGUAUCCAAGCACCUGACCAAUUUCUGCAAAGGAAUUAUUGUGACUCUUACCUUAAACCUGUCAUUGACUCUGCAGAUCUGGCCUUCCUUGCACGUGGACAAAAAAUGUUCUUGAUUGGGACCGUCCGGGGGUGGGUCAGGCUACAUUGUACAUGUUCGUGGAGGCGAUUGUUUUGUUCCUAUUCAUUCUUCUUAUUGAGGUAAACAUUUCGCUAGACUGUCCUUCAUGCCCUAUUUUUUCGGCGGUUGUUAAGCGCGAACACGUCUUUCAAAAGGCUGCCACUUGAUUUGGCACGGUGAAAUGCUUAUUUCCAGAAAUAUCCAUAUCUCCCGAAGGCACUUUUGUUUAGACGACCCAACCCAAUGUACUUGUCAUUGCCCAUCGCCCCUGGAAUUUCCAUGAUUUUCCCACUUGGUUGGAUAUCCCCUGGAAAGAAUAUUUCUAUCAAAAAUGCUGAUGCACUAUACUUCAAUCUAUGCCAUCUCCUUCCCCUCGGAUAUCGCCGCCUUUUGGACACCCUUCCCCCCUUCCUCAGAAUAUCCUUUGUCCUUGGUUGGCGUGUAUGUAUAUUUUCUGGAACUACACAAUCUUGGCGGCUGCAAGUAAACCGCGUGCUUCCCCAAUAUUAUGAAGGUUUCGCUUUUGUUGUCAUUUUUAGUAAAAGAUGGUGGCUGUGGGAUUGUGAACAGACUGUUUUUUUGCGUGAUUUUUUCAUCAGCGGUCACGAUGUUUUGAGUUUUUUUUUAGUAGUUCUGUAGCCUUUUUAUUAUAGCGUUGAUAUAUUGCGCCUUUUCGCCAACUUAAGUAGUUUGGUUUACUUUUUGCUGUCAGAGAGCGUCUGACAAAUUGUUUUGUUUUUUUUUAUCCACAUACCUUGUCUAAACUGUUUUUGUUUUUUGAGACACUUGAUUUGGCUUUAAUUCUUGGGUUUGUUGUCCUAUUAAUUUCAUUUAAAUUAACUUUAUUUUUUCUCAUGGUUCCUUUCACAGAUGAACUUUUUUAUCAGUGCAAAGGUUAACAUCUCUUCAGAGCCCCAAAUGAGGAGAAAGGAAGGAGAGGUGUAAUAUUACCUGACUUUAUUUUCAGUGUUUGUAAAUGUUUCUAUACCGUGAUCAAUGCUGAAAAAAAAGCUUUGAAUGGAAGUAUAUAAACUGGUGUUUUUAGGCACUUUACUUUUUUUAUUGUCUGCUUCCAAAACCAUAGCUAUUUUGACGAUGUGUGUUAUUUCAUCAUGGAUAUGAUCAACUUAAAGUCAUUUAAUCACGGGCUAAUUGUGGCAAAAUGUCUUUGUAUUGAUGCUUGUAGUUAACUCUCGCUUUAUUAUUUAAGUUAUUUAAAUACAACGUCUUUGCCAAAUGCUGCUCAAAGUUUUCUAUUUAUUGCGUUCGACGGAGGAAAACGCAUACAAAUCGCUUAAUCCACAAGUAAUUUGAAAGUUUUCCCCUGAACGCUACAUACAGUAAAGGACUCAAAUUUAGCACCACAGAGGGUAUAACGUCAUUGCCACGUCCAUGCAGUUCAUGAUCCUGACGUACUUCCUUGUCCUUAUCUGCUACUCUUGUAUUUGUUUUAAUUAUUUUUGUUUAUUUAAAACAGGACGAAGACGUUUUUAACGAGCGUGUUCGCAUAUUGUCUGACCAAGAAGGUAAUGCGGUUGAAGCUGAGGCUGUCGUACUCAAAGAUUUAACAAAGGUUUGUCAUACAAUCAAUUCAAUGUAUGGUAAAAAUAGCCCACGGGUACUUCUCUACGCAUUAAUUUGUAUCGAGCGUUUCGAUGCAUAUGCCUGUUACUGACAACCCAAAUCCUGGUCGGUAGAACACCCUAUAAGCCUCCAUUACCCGCAACCCGGCCACACAGCCCGCCCCCCCGCCCGCCACACCCACCCCAAACCCUAGCAUGUCCCACUAAGACUGCAGGCUCAGUGAAUGUUUGGAGGAAAGCGACUGAGUAAACGAAACCUGAAGUUACGGGGGGUGGGGGGUGAAGGAGUAGAAAAGCAUUAAAAAGUCCAAUCACAGCGAAUCGCCUCGAGCACCGAGGAGUCUGAUCUAUAAACUACCAGCCCGAGUGGAAAUGUGCGCAUUAACCGCGCGAGAAUGCCGCUGCUCUUUCAACUGCCGAAGGCCCAGUGGCGCAACAGUGGAAAGUGCCAUAAUGCUAACUUAAAAGGGCAGCCAGGGUACCAAAACACACGAACACUACGCUGCGCUGCAAUACCAAGCGCGUUUGCUCUAAGUAGUUAACCAAGCUUAAUUACAUUGAACCCUAUAAUUUACAUUUGACUUCUUUUUGCGGCUGUUCACAGGUAUAUCGAGGUACACACGUAGCUGCAGUUGAUCAUCUUUGUCUUGGUAUUCCGCGUGGAGAGUGUUUUGGUCUCCUUGGUAUAAACGGUAGGUGAACCGUUGCAGAACUAGAUAGUAUCCCUUCCUGUCCCCUUCCUCACCCAACUAAAUCCACAAUUAACUUUUAAUUUCGGACGUACAAGUCUGUUGAUCAAAUGGUUGGACGAGAUGAUUUAUUUUAAAUGCAUACAUUAUAAGCUGUGGUUUAACGAACAAAAUUUCAUUAUGUACCAGGAGGGUUGCUUUAUCAUUCUAAAGUCCAUACAGAUUUAUCGUAUUUGUGAAGUGAAGCAAUCAGUCGAGAUCUUCAUCAAAAGUUAGUGAAUACAUGUACUCAUAUACAGAGGGUAAUUUUACAAUUCAGUAAUUCAACCUUGUUGAUUUGGAAUGUUGCUUAUGGAGUUAUACAUUAGACUGACGUGCUACCUAUUGAUUGGUCGAUAUUAUAUUGAUCAACUAUUGAUUGGUCAAUAUUAUAUACUGCUCAAUAUUGAUGGGUCGUUGAUCAAUGUUUUUGAAGGUGCGGGUAAGACAACGACAUUUAGCAUGCUGACAGGAGACCUUAGCAUAACGGAAGGCACUGCUUAUCUGGAUGGAUUCAACAUCCAAUCAAAUUUGAAGCAGGUACUACAUCAUUCUAUCCAUUACAUGUUUACCUUUCUUUUCUUGCAGACAAUAGUUCACUCUCGCGUUUACCAUGAUCGCUGAUUUUUUCUCUUUAUAAGAGAGUACAAGUUUUUAAUUUUGUUUGCCCUGCCACUUAAAAUUUUCGUGUUCUUAACAGGUUCAACAGAGAAUUGGUUACUGUCCUCAGGUAUGUAAUUUACUCAAUUUUUUAAAUUUUUCUUACGAAUGUUUAUGGGCGCUUCUAUGGCACUAGUCUCCUUCGCGGCCGUUUGUUGUGUCGUCACGCAACGGUUCUCCGCACAGUAGUGUUGUGUGGCGACUCAAAAACGGCUGCGAGAGGACUCAUAUAGCACUUGCUACUGAAUAAAGGGACAAUUCAUUGUAUAUUGUUACAUUUUCAUUUUGCUUUCUUUGCCAGGAAAUAAAUAUAAUCUUGCUGACUGCACUCUAUAGCACUCUAUGCACAGAAAAUCUUUAAAACAUUUGCAGAAACAUUUCAAGCCUGAAUGAAGUGAAUGGAGACAUUUUCAAUAAAAAUCGUAUCCAUGCAUAAACUUUACGUUUCUCGUUUGUGUUUGUUUUUCAGUUCGACGCGCUAAUCGAACUUCUGACUGGACGGGAGAUGCUAACCAUGUAUGCUCGGUUGCGUGGAGUUCCAGACGAGAAGAUCAAAGGCAUUGUUUCAGACAUUAUUCACCUUCUACGUCUGGAGAAGUGGGCGGACUCUCUGUGUGGAAACUAUAGGUACACCCUUGGUCUUAGUUAUUGUCUUUUGCGUUAGGCCUCGAUUACAUGGAGAAAAGUUGUCCCGCGAAAUAGCCCUCCUAGCCGAGUCAACGUAAGCUACAACCAGUUCCAAAAGUACUUGAGACUCUGUACCGUAUUUUUGCAUUAAUGGCCUGUCCAUAGUCUUGUGCUUGUGAUCCCCCCUCCAACCCACAUCAAAGUUGCUAGCAAUACAAGACCAUACUCAAAACGUGGAGGAACAACUUUGAAUGGGAGGGAGGAGGGAGUUCAUAUCUCACCGACCUGUGACUAGCAGCGAUUUAAAGCAUGAAAGGUUUUUAUUUCGUGGGAAUGUCUCAACAUUUUUGUAACUAGUUGUCGCGUUAAGGAAAAAGGUGACCUCUUUGCUCGAGCCAACAAUGCUGGCGCAUACUCUGAUAGUCUCGCCUUGGCCGCGUUGAUGCGGCUGGGCGAGAAACGUUGGCCCGGCUAGGAGGGGAACCCUACACUGUGCCAUCAAAACUUAUUUACCCGCCAAGCUGGCUCACUCUUCUAGCUUAGCUAUCCCUUUUUUUUCUCAUGUAAACUGUUCGCCAAGUUUUUUAAGGAGAUGUAGGAAAAGUUGUCCGGCCCAGGGUAGCUCGCGUAGGCGAGUGACCCUUCAACCCGUGACACGCUUUUCUCCGUAUAAUCGAGGCUUCAUUUUUUCCUUUUGUUGUUAAAGGUCUUUUUGAGUGAGGUGCACUUAUCAUUUGUUUUUGUCUUGUUUUUCAGCGGUGGCAACAGACGAAAGCUGAGUACAGCAAUUGCUUUGGUUGGAAAUCCACCAAUUAUAUUCCUGGUAAGCACCUUAGCACGGUAAAUUAAACUGUACAUCGUAUUGUGGUUCUUUGUUUUUUUACUGUUCUGCCUUUGGAAGGAUAAAACUGCUCCCUCGAGCCGGAUGAGAAUCCAUGAGCUGGCAGCUACGGAUAGCCAAAGCUUGAGCCUUUUAGGUCAGUCUAAAGAAAUGGAAAAAAUAAAAAACCUCUGCCCGUUUAUCUCAGUGGGAUAAGCGCCGAUCUACCAAGCGGGAGGUCGCAAGUUCAAACCCCAGCCGGCCUCCCAACCAGGGUCUUACAAAAAAGACUAGGGAGAUCAUGCUGGCCUUAAUCUAAGACUUUAUCCCAGGUCAGAUGAUCUCUUCAUUGGGUGGUGACGUCAAUUGCACGUUACAGAACCUACAGUGCUGUUAAAAAAAGUAGGAGACCAGAGCUAGACCCCUGUGGUGUGGUCUGUUUGUUUCGGGGGAAGGGGACUGUCACGUGCCCGCAGUAAUUUGCUUCACGCUGUUGUGGUUACCCUGCCAAGAAUUGGCGAAUCUAGUGAAAAGAGAAAAGAAUUUUGAGCACCGGUCACGGGACAGAGUUUCAAGGCUUCCUCUCUGGACUCUGCUAAUGCCUGUCUGGAUCUUCAAAGAAAAGGAAAUUACCAUUUCAAAUUAUGUAUGCCUUUUGUUGGUCUUGCCCCAGUGCGACGUGUGCAUCCCAGCAUGUCGGUUUUGUACCACGUGAAUGGCAAGCUACAAAGGGCCUAUUUGAAACCACUAAGAUGCUUCAUUGUUUGUUUUGUAGGAUGAACCCACCACUGGUAUGGAUCCAGUUGCCCGACGCUUUCUCUGGGAUACAUUGACAGGUGUCUUGAAAGACGGACGCUCCAUCGUGCUGACGUCACACAGGUACACGCAUCAGGGACUUUAAGAUCCGACGACGGCGAGGGCAACGAGAACGUUAAGAGAGCAAUAGGUUAAGAUUAGCAAAACGACUGACAUCUUUGCACGUGCAGCACACUUUUUUGUUCAUUUCUUUGCCAUCACCGCACGGCUACGACGUGAAAAUGUCUAAUUUCACGUUUUAGGGAGGACGUAAAGAAGUCACGACGAAAUUGUCUUUCUCUUUCUGAACUUAUGUAUCAUGGUUGUUCAACUCCUGGAGAGUUCGCCUGUUUUUGACAAAGUAAGUGAGUUGGAAUAAUCGCGAUGAAGAUUGAAAGAAUGCGAAUUAACUUUUUAUGUGACUUGUUCGCUGUCGUCGCCAUCCUCGGAUCUUAAGGUCCCUAUACGACUUGAACGUGCUACCGAAACAGAUUGAUACUCGUGAACAGGGAAACCAGGAACAAAUAUACGGCUUGAAAUACCGUACAAAUUCUGUUAAGCACAUGUUUGGGCAGUGCAUUUGGUUAAACUAGACUAUUCCAGUGUCUUUUGUUCAAUACCAAGUGGACGCACUAUGCACCAGCAUUUCACGAAUUUGCUUAUUUAGAAUAGAACGUAUUAGUGCGAUCGUAAUUUGUAGUGCUAAAAUAUAAUGUACUUCGCGUAUUGGUUUGUUUCAGACGCCAACCUUCAAAAAAAUUAAUUUCAAAACGAUAUACUUAAAUAUCCUUGCUAUUUUAGCGGUUUUCGCCUGGCAUGGCCAAGAGCGCUUGUUUGCAGGCUAAGAAUGGAAUAAUUACGUACCAGUGAGGCUGAGGCUUUAAAGAAUUUUUGUUUUGUUUUGUUAGUUUAUUUUUGUUACGCACAGACUCAAAUUUGUAGCAUCUUAGCGGUUAAAAUGUUGACGUGGCUUUCUCUUUCAGCAUGGAAGAGUGCGAGGCUCUUUGUACAAGACUGGCGAUUAUGGUGAACGGACACUUCAAAUGUCUUGGCUCCACUCAGCAUCUUAAGAGCAGGUAAGGCAAGCUCGGGGCUUGAAAAAUUCUUGAACUCCAGCACGUAUUUUGGGCAAGCAGCUCUCAUAUUUUUUCAUGCCCGGGGCAACUACGUGCUUAGAGGAUAACUUUCCUGGACACUUGUGCAUCGGGCAAGUGAGCUUUAAAAUUUACUUGUCCAGCAAGAAAAUCUACUUUUCCCAGACCACCAGACGGGACUUCUUUUUCUAGCCCUGCAAGCUCUAUACUGAGCCAUUCCGUUCCUGAGUACCGUUACCUCGAUGCACCAUGGUAGAAUGUUCUUAGUACUUAUCGACAGAGCAAAUGAGUUUAAUUCGGUAUGUUGCAGUUUAAACACGUCCCAAACCCUUACGAUAUUUUUACGUCAUGUUCAGUGAGCGUGAAUAGAAUGCCUCUCUUAUUAUACAAAGCUUUAACUACAUAGUAAGGAAUCUUUCGUAUAAAAUAAGCCUGUAGAUGGGAAGCUUUUGAUGUCCUAGUUUAUUCUUUCUCUCGUGUUCUGAAUUUCCGAUCGAGUUCAAACUCAGAUCGGCCGUUGCUCUUCUUGAUAAAAUCAUUCGUUAUUUUAUUCACCAGAUUUGGAAGAGGGUAUACAUUGAUGGUUAAGGUCGGUAGCCAGCAACCUACGGUCUCGCUCACAGGAAUAGCUGACUCUGAGGGUAAAGUAAAAACUAUACUUUUCUGGGAAACUGCCCACGUACCCUCCCCUUAGCCCACAUUAACACUUGCUUCUCACUUAGGGAAAAAGGUUGGCUUAGGGGAGGGGUAGGUGGGCAGUUUCCCAGAAAAGUAUUAUGAUCCCAGUAAAUGAAUUGGUUGAUAAUGUUAACGGGUUCAACGAAUUGAAAACUUCCUCAGUAUGGCAUCCGUCUGUAGGAACUUGUGGUCUCCCAAAGUAUUUUGCCCUCACGUACGUUUCCCGUUAGGGUCGCCUUAAAUCGUAGGUUAACGCAUUGAACUUCAAAAUUAACUGUGGAGACAUGUAGUAUAGGUAAUUCAAUGGUAACUGUCAACGGAGCCUAUGAACGGAAAUCAUAGGCGCAGCAUUGAUCGUUAAGAACGUAAGAAAAAGAUUUUCCUAAAUAAUUAGCGCUAGAAUUUCUGACAUAGAGUCAGUGUGUGGAAUUUUGUGUUUUAAAAUUUUCUAAAAAAAAAUAGUGUUGUUUUCAAAUCUAAUUUUAGGCGCUGUUGGGAGAAGAAGAGUGAAUAUAUCCAUUACAUGUCACAAUAUUUGAGACAAACAAUUGUUAUCUCCCCAUUUUGUUGGGAAAUUUAGUGUAGGUUUUUUUGUCCCAGAGCAUGCACUCGCUCCUCUUUUCUAAGUCAGGUUGUUUUAGAAAUGUCUUCGGUUUGUUACUUCUAGUAAAUCGUGUUGAAGUUGUACCCGCCUUUCAAAGUCCCCAUGCUGUUCCUUCAAGCCAGCCCCAGGUCUUCGCCAAUCCAACGGCUCAACUGGACAACCCUGAUUCCGCCGCGGCAAUAGAUGCUGUUAACAGAGUCAUGCAGUUUGUUACCAGUGCCUUUGGCGGAGCAACUCUUAUGGACAGUCACAGUGUAAGUCGCGCAAGUCCCAGUCCCCUUCGAAGCCUUCUUUGUGUCCCUGGAGAAGUGUUGCGUGACGACACGGCUGUGUUGGAGACUACUCAAGUCCUGACUGAGCUCAAUUUUACUCUUAGGAAGCCAAACCAAGGCUCAAAAUAACGGACAGCAGGUCGCCGGUCACGAUGACCGGCCAAAUAUUUUUUAGCCCGGACAAACCCCGAUUUUGGCCGGUCAAAUAAAUGAAUAUUAUAACUUUUUUUUUUGCCUGUGGAAUAUCCAAUGACGCUGGCAGUAGAUCGUUGUACUACAUUGACGUUGAGGUUUUUGGCGGCAAGUUGGUGAAAAAUUCAUUUACACGUUGUUGAGUUCCUUUCCGCGAUUUUCGCCCGUUUUCAUGUCCGUUUAUAUAUACCUAGCGUACGGCGGUGUCUGAAGUCUCCAAGGUUCGUCCUAUAUCUGCAUACCAUCCUUUUCGUUGCCCGGCACGUAAUCGAAAGUCUCCUCCACAAUGAGAAGAAACGUCGCUAAAUAUUUCCGGCAAAGAAGUUGAUUUGGAGAGAAAUUUGUUCCACAAACAGCGUAUUUGUCAUCAGAAGUCAAUAAAUAUACUGCAGAGCUUUCGUUUGGGCCGUCGCGCAACACUAUAUCUUGAAGGGCUUAUUAACGUCAACAGAAAUUAGGAUAAAGCUGUUUACAAGAAGGAGGAUUUUAAGCGCCGAGAUUAACCUGAGAUCAGGCCUAAUUUUAGCGGUUCUUAUACAUUCCCUCUAACGGCUACCGCUAAAAUUUGCCUCUUUUCGUUUCGCCAUGCCCGCUGGAAUGUAAUUUUUAAAGCGAAACGAAAAUAGAGCUUGAUCUCAGGUUACGCCGAGAUAGGCGACGUUCGUUCUCGAUUAGGUUUAUAGUUUUUAUCAGACAAUUCUGGAAUCGAGUCCGCAAACGAGAUUCAUGUUCGACAUAAAGAAAUUAUUAUAAUUAAUCGAUGCGCUGAAAUUCAUUCCCGGAGAAACAGUCCAAGACGAGCGAUCGAUUAGGCCGAAUUCCGUCGAAGGUGAUUUUCACAAUCCUCUUACAAGUAGAUGUUAAACGUUUAAUGGACAAAAACUGUUAGCUAUCCUUUAGUUUUCUAACAAAUAAUGGAUUAUCGUUAGUGUAUGUUUUCCCAAAGAAGGUCACAUUACUGAUCACAGCAAGGCAGAACGUACAGUACGACCUGCUGCAUCGUUGCGUUACUCUACAACUCAGUUUGUUGUUGUUUCGCUUUAUUGCGUUUCAUUACAACAUGAAAUUUAUUGCGGCGUUCUUUUUCUUUAAAGGGUUUAGUGCAAAGCAGCAAAAAAAGCUAAAGAAAAAAGAAAUCAUUACAGCGUUAUAGAGCAAAACGCAUUAAGCGACAACUAUAUGGAAAAUAUUAUAAAAUGUUCGCAUCCGAAAAUGACCGGUCAAAAUGACCGGCAAGACGAGAGUUUGACCGGUCAAGCCCUCGAUCAGGCCGGACAUUGUCCGUUGACCGGCCGUUAUUUUGAGCCCUGCAAACCUGUAUUAAGCGGACGCUCUUGGGGAAUAACCAGCAGCCCGCUUAAUACGGUUCUCAGUGCCGAGAAAUACAGCUCUAAGUAAAAUAGGCAAUGGCGUCAUUUCGUUGCUAUAUCAACUCCGAUUUCAUAGCAACCCUGAUCAUAACAAAUUUUCAUCUUCAUCUGAUACAGCCGUGGUGGUAAUUUUUCAAAUCUUUGUUAAUGAUGACGUAGUUUAUGCUCAAACUUGGGAGGUAUUGACUCUGAAAAACCCCAUCGAGCCUCCUUAAUAGAGGUGGCCGCUUAAUACAGGUUUGACCGUUAAAUCAAUACAAUACUGAACCAAGCAACUGCAAAAAUCAGGAAGUUCAUGUUCUUCAGUUAAAUUUCCAUUGCAUGAAGUUCUGCUUUUUAGAAUUGUAAUGGUUUGCGCAUUGUUUCUUUUAGGGAAUCUUGCAUUACCAGAUAGUUAAUGAAGCUCUGAGCUGGUCGUACAUCUUUGGUCAGCUUGAAAGAAAUAGAGGUGCGUUGAACAUUGUGGAUUACAGCAUCAGCCAGACAACACUAGAACAGGUAAAGUUGUUAAGCUCAUUUUUGAGGAGCAAGAGUGGCGCACUGGUGAGAGCACUUGCUUUCCACGUGCCUGGGGUUUCUGGUUACUCAAGUUUUUCCCUCUCCUCAAAAACCAAAAUUACCAACUUCCAUUUCGAUCAGUUAUGGUAGACGAAGAACCACUAGGUGGAUGUGCUACCUUUGAAUCAUAUAUGUAUCUUUUUAUGUAUUUGCCAGUCUUCUCAAUUUUACAAAACUCAAUCUUGACUUUAAUGCGUGUUUAUUUACUGUUUUUAACUGAGAAAACGCCUGAGUUUUUUAGCUCAGGAUUGCCUGGGUAAAUAACGCGCGUACAAUGGCCAUCUAUGGCGACGCUGCGUCAAUUACCUAAAUAAAUAAGGUAAUAAUUGCGGGCGACAGCAUUCGUUUUAUCAGGUGAAACGUUCGCAAAGCACUAGCGUUGGAGCAAGGGCGUUUUUACCUUCGAUCAGAAGCCUGAAACUCGCCCGCUCUCUCUAGCCUUUGGUUAUUACCAGUCAUAAAGAUUAUAAGUACUGGGUCUGAGAGUUGGCACUGGUGAACAUCGUUUUUGAGCAUAUUAGAGGACCGGUCAGCGUCACAUUUGUGGGAUGUUACCUUAUUAUUUCUCGGCGUUUCUUGUUAGGUUUUCAUCAACUUUGCCAAAGAGCAGCACUCAGAGGACCGCACUUCAGUGAAGCGAAAGUGCAUGUGUUUUCCUUGCUGUCGGUAA